GGCUUCCCCCGUCCCCGGGGCGCGAGCGGGGCAGCGCGGCGGGGCGCCUAGAGGCCGCUGCCGGGCACUGCCGGGGCGGAGCCGCCCGCAUCGCGGCCGCGGCUGGACGGACGGACGGACGGGCGGGCGGAGCGCGGCGGCGGGCGAGGAGGCUGCUCUCGGCGGGGAAAAGUUUGGCAGCGCCCGUCCCGGCCGCGGGCUCUUGCCAUGGCGCGCGCCGCGCCGCGCCUGCCCUGACCCGGCGGCGGCGGCAUGGGGGACACGGCGGCGCCCCCCCCGGCCCCGGCCCCGGCUCCGGCCCCAGCCCCGGGCGCGGGGCUCGGCGCGGGCCUGCUGGGGGGCGGCUCGGGGCCCCCCCCGCGGGUGCACAGCGCCAUCGUGGAGCGGCUGCGGGCGCGCAUCGCCGUGUGCCGCCAGCACCACCGCAGCUGCGAGGGCCGCUACGAGCGCGGGCGCGCCGAGAGCUCGGACCGCGAGCGGGAGAGCACUCUGCAGCUGCUCGGCCUCGUGCAGCACGGCCCCGGCGCCCGCAAGCCCGGCAAGCACGGCAAGGCGGCGGCGGCCGGACCCGGACCCGGACCCGCGCCCCCCGACUACCGACAGCACCACCAGCAGCAGCUACUCAGCAACGGCGGCAUCGACGGGGACACCCCGCCACCGCCACCGCCCGCCGCCGACCCGCGAGCCUCGGCGCUCAGCGCGCUCCAGGGCUCCUUGAAAAGAAAGCUGGUGGUAAAUCUGUCACCUGUCAACAACAAGAGACAGAAUGGUAUUUCAGAUAGCUCUUUCCUUGACAUCAAGAGGAUACGAGUGGGUGAUAAUCUUUCUUUGGGACAAAGCGGACAUCAUGUUAACAAUUGCCAAAGCCAGUCGAUGUCAGGAACCUUGCCUGUGGGGCAAGGAUCACAAAGAAAGAGCAGCAGCCUAACAAAUAAUACUCAGGCUGGUGGAAAUGGCAUGUUUAAUAUGGCUUUAAAAGAGGUCAAGAAAGAACCAGGAGAAACCAUGUCUUGCAGCAAACACUUGGAUGGUCAGAUCCCCCAUGAGAACAUCUUUCCUAACAGAUAUGGGGAGGAAACAGGGGAACAGAUGAUGGAUCCUGAGCUUCAGGAACUUUUUAAUGAACUGACUAAUAUCUCAGUGCCACCCAUGAGUGACCUUGAGCUAGAAAAUAUGAUCAAUGCUACCAUAAAACAAGAUGAGCCUUUUAACAUUGACCUUGGGCAGCAAAACCAGAGAGGCUCUGGUAGAACCUCUCUGCAGAUGGAGAAAAUGGUGAUCAAGAGUGAAUAUUCACCAGGUUUGAAUCAGCCACCUGUAGGCUCCCCACAAAUAAGGCCUUCAUCUGCAGGCCCAUCCUUCACAAUGGCCAGCACUGCCAUGUCCACCUCAUCACCCAUUCCUUCAGUGCCUCAGAAUCAGAUGCAGCCGUCGCAGGUUUCUUCUGUCUCAACUCGACCAUUGACUAACUGGCAAGAAGUGUCUCAUGCACAGCAGCUCAAACAAAUAGCAGCCAACCGACAGCAGCAUGCUUUAAUGCAGCAGCAGCAGCAGCAAAACCAGUCAGCCAGCUGGUCUACCAUGUCUCCAUCAGGACCAUCCCCAGGGCCAUUUGUACAGGAGAAAAUUCCCAGCCCUUCCUUUCAUCAGCAGCAGUUCAGCCCACAAAAUUCAGCGAUGCUCGGGGUACCUGUAAAUGGAAAUCAGUCCAAAGGGAUGAAUAACUAUGUUUAUAAACCAAACUCCACACCUCAGAGCAACCCCAUUGACAUCAUAAUGCAACAGAAGCCUCAGGACCUCAACAGAAACUUUAUAAGCAACAGUCAGCCACCACUAGAGCAGCAUCCUGGCAACACAAAGCCUUUGUUUCACUUUAACUCAGAGCAAGCAAACCAGCAGAUGCCUUCAGUUUUGGGUUCCCAAAGCAAGACUUCUAUUCUUCACUAUACACAGCAACAGCAGCAGCAGCAACAGCAGCAGCAGCAACCUGCUCAGCCCCUUCCAAACCAGUCUCUUCAAAGGCCACCAAAUGUCCCCUUAGCAAUGCAGCAGAAGAUGAUGCUUCAGAAAAUGCAGCAGAGCCAGCAGAUCUCAGGACUGCAGUAUCCAGUCUCUCAACAGCACAGACAGGAUCAACACUCUGUGGUAGGCCAAGGUGCCGGCCCCAGUCCAAAUUCCAGUGCUUGUUCAAAUCCAAACACUGGAAGUGGUUACAUGAACUCAUCCCAGCAAUCAAUGUUGAAUCAGCAACUGAUGGAAAAGAAACAGGUUUUGCAGAGGCAGAUGAUGGAGCAAAAGCAGCUCCUCCUACAGCAACAGAUGUUGGCAGAACCGGAGAAAAUCAAUGCACAAGACCAAUUAAACAGACAUUUGACAAGGCCACCACCAGAUUAUAAAGACCAAAGAAGAAAUGUGGUCAACAUGCAACAGACCAACCAGUAUUCUGGUGGUUCACCAGCUGUAAGCAUGAACUCCAGUCUGUCUUUAUCAAACCCCAUUUCAACUCAUACCAUUUUGCCCCCAAAUUCUAGCCUUUUGUCAGCUCCACCUGGAACCAGGAUGCCUUCUAUUCCUGCAGCUCGGAGCAUGAGCUGUUAUGGAAACAUUCCUUGCAAUCAGCCCAGUGCGUACAGCAUAACUUCAGGAAUGAACCAAAUGCAACCACACAGAAACCAAAACCAAAUCAUAACAAGUCAAAACAACCCCAUGAUGUCUCGACCACAAACCCUGACACAAGGAAAUAAUGCAGCAGCUUUUGGGACUGGGUCAGUGGUCAGCUCUCAGCAGGUAAGACCAAGCUUAAGCCACGGAGCUACAAGUUUCCCAGCUCAAAGACCAUCAAGUGUUAUGAUCACUUCCAGCACUACAGCUCAAAACUGGGCCUCUCAAGAAGCCACAACAAAGCAGCAGGACACGCUGAAACCUGCAGGGGUUCGUUUCCCCACAAGCACACCAUAUCCUAACCAGGCUCUGCAACGCUCCAUAGGCAACCAGCAUUUCUCCCCACGUGCGAUGGUGCCUCCUAACCAGCUAACAGCAGCAGUGCAAAUGAGACCUCCUCUAAACCAAGCGCACCAAACAUUAAAUGGACAAACUGCUGGAUCACUAAGGGGUCUAAGCGUGAGACCUAACCAGCUAAGAGGACAGACUGUGCCUAAUUUGAAUCAGCCAGGAACAAGUAUGACCCCACCAUCAUCCCUGCCAUCCACCAGUUUUACAUCAACCAACCAAAACUCAAGGGCUUACCAAGGAAAUGAUCCUACUAGCGACUUAUCAUUUGACUUUCUUAACCAGCAAGGUGACAACAUAGGACCUGCACUCAAUAGUGAUUCAGACUUUAUAGAUUCUUUAUUGAAAACAGAGCCUGGCAAUGAUGACUGGAUGAAAGAUAUCAACCUUGAUGAAAUCUUGGGGAACCACUCAUAAGCAACAAUAUGAUGAUAAAACAUACAUGCUCAGAAGCAGCUGUUAACAAUAGUUUUCUUUUUAAAGGCCAACAAUCUGCCUAGCUUAUUUACACACUAGUAGUUGAGCUGUCUUUUAAAAUAAGGAAGCAAAUAGAGUGAUUGCUCUGUUUGAAGAGAUGGUCUGAGAACAAUAUCCAAUUCUAAAGCUUACCCCCGAGUAAAGUAUAAUGUAGGAUGAUAUUCAUACCUAACAACUCCUCCUGAGAGUACUCAAUCCCUGACAGAAUCAGGUCCUAUGUAAAUUUAACUGCUAAAAAAAUCUACCUAAUAGAAGCUUACUUCUUUCUUUUCAUUGUCUUUUAUUUGUAUACGCUCACAUACUACAUGUACCUUCUUCCACAAAAUCAGCCUUCCAAAAUUGGGGUCUUAAGAAGAGAAGCUGAUUUGUUUUCAAUGGAAUAGAAGCAAUGUAAGAGACACUCUGUUAAAUGGCUGCCAAAACGGCUGCCACUUCUCCAUGGGGCAGCAAGCAGUUUGCUAGGCCUCUGACUGCUGCUAGUGAGGCAAUAGCUUUUGGCUAAAAAGCCACUCAGCUGGCCAAGGGUGAGUGAGCUGCUAUAUGCAAUCUGUAAUAUCCUGAUGAGGUAUGGUGUGAAAACAGCACUUGAUUAUGUACAGGAACUUACAUAAGGAACUAUGUAUAGUAAUGAAGUAACAGUCUUGCCACUGCCCUUGCAAGGGUCUGGGCCAUAGCCUUGUUGCCAUCCUGCCAUGCCAGGAAGUUCCUGCUGCCUCACACAGGUUGUCUCCUGAGGUGCCACACUUCUGUGUUUCCAGGAGGACUUACCCCAUGUCACAGAGUUGGCCAUGACUUGGGGAAAAAAUCUUUUUUCUGCAUUCUGCUUUUCAAAAGCAAGGUGCAUAUUUUAUUUGGGGGGCAAGUGAUAUGUGAGGAAAUGCAGUAACUUGUGUAGAAAGUAGAAGGACAAAUGGUUCCUUUUAAGGGAGCUAGAAAGUGUCUUGUGUGAGAGAGAUCCCAGAAUAUUCUAGCUUUUACUGUUACUCCUGGCCUAGUGUUUGUAACUGCCUGAGAAAUGUAAUAAGAGAGGCCAUUCUAAAAAUGAGUAAUAGCAUGUGUCUAGUUUCUGGCAUAAAUAUGUGAUGAGCCAUUACAAAAUCUAAGAGCCAGAACCUACUGCUUUGAUCCCUCGAGUAGAUCGGUGACUACAGUGGACAGCUUGAGUGAAAAAGGUACACAGGAUUUGGCUCUAAAGAGCACUUUCCAAUCUAAACCCAAGUUUUCUACAUGGCCAAGUAUUUGCUUAUCCCGUAAUGAAAGGUUGAUGCAUAUUUCUGUAUAUAGAAAGACUUCUAUUUUGAUUUUGAUUCAAGAACAUGCCAUUCAGUGAGGCGCUGGAGAAGAAUAUCGAUAUCUCCCUCAUUCUUCAGGUCAAGGGAGUCCAAAAAGUGAUAUAUAUGAGUGCCAAGAGCACUGACUGGCCAUAUUCCAAUACCCUUCACAGGGUGAGUAGUACCUCAUUCUGUGAGUAGUCCCAUUGAAGGUAAUGUAUGUAAUAUAAAUUGAAAACAAAUCCGUUCAUAGUAUGAGGCACCUCUCAGCCACAAUCCAUAAAUCAGAAGCUGGCUCUGUGUGAACACUUCAUAGCACUCAAUUCAAAAAGCAGUUCUGUGGUUGGCUUGGUUGUUCUCCCUGUCAUUGUCCUAGCAGAAAAAGUUUCUGUGAUCAAGGUAAGUAAGAUGUCCCUUGAGCUGAAGAAUUCUUCACAGCCUUUUCUGAAUCAGCCAAAGCUGAUUGUAGAGCUCACUUUUAGAUGCUUCAAGGCCAGGAGUUGACCAGGAGCUUAUCACCGCAAAAGAUAUCAUUAUACCUUUAUUAUGUGUUUUGAUUAAUAAAUAUGUAUAUGUAACAGUGACAGGUGUUGGCCACUUUGCAGUAUUUAUUGUACUUAUUUGAUCAAUUUCUGAAUGGUAACAGGAAAUGUAGCAAGGCCUCUCUCCAUUGAUUAUUUCCAUAUAUAUUAUGGAGAAAUUCCUUCUAGGGGGCUCUUGGAAUACACAACACACACACACUUCCAUGAACAGCAGCUCCAUACACUGUAGGAAGAGCAUGCUCUCACUGCCCGUUUACCCAGCUCUGCUUAUCAGUGCUGGUGGGCUGGGACCUAAAUUCUGUCUAUUCCCCAAUCUUCUUGUGGAUCUGGAAGCAAUAUGUACUUAUACACCCCCCCCCCCCCCCCCCCCCGGCUUUGUGUAUCUGUGCAGAACCUAGACGGUCUUAUCCCAAGGAAACAAUUAAGGUGCCUGGAUGUAUAGCUGCAUUGGAAUAGUAGUGUGAGAAUGAUGUGCACAAAAGGUUGUGGCUGGAGAGUUGCCUUCAGGGACAGAAAAGGUGCAUCAUGUCAUACUACUUCCCAGCUCUAUCAGCAGUUGAGGGGGCAGGGCAGGUCUCUGAUCAAAUCUCUGGCACUCCUUGAUUGCAUCUAUAUGAGAUGCUUUACUGUGCAUUAGACUAAUCUAAUAAGACAUGAGCAGCAUUUACUGUAUAGUACAAGGAUGGGGAACGUUCAGCCCGCGGGUCGGAUGCGGUCGGGCGGGGACUCCAUUUCCCAGGUGCCCCUGCCCACAUGGCUUAUACCAAUCUCGUAGGAGACCCCAGCCUCAGCCAUACCAGUAGUGUGCAUGGCAACGCAGUGCAGGGGGCUGUUCCGGAGCUGCUGGGAUCUUGUGGCAGGGGCAGCUUGCCUCAGAGCCAGGGCAGAGCCAUGAUCUGUAGCCUGCAUGCUCCAGGCCGGGGCACACAUGCAGGGAAUCAUGGGUCUGCCCCAGCUCCUUGCAGAAGUGACAGCCUGUCUGGAGCUGGGGCAGAACCAUGAUCCCCUGCAUACAUGCCCCUGCCCAGAGCGUGCAGGCUACAGAUCAUGGCUCUGCCCUGGCUCCAGAGCAAGCUGCCACUGCUGCAAAAUCCCAGCAGCUCCAGAGCAUCCCCCUGUGCUGCUCUGCAGCAUGCACUGCCGCGUGGCUGGGGCUCAGGUCUCCAUGGAGACUGGUACAAGCCAUGGGGGCAGAGGGGCCUGGGAAAUGGAAUCCCCAGCCAACUGCAUCCGGUCAGCGGCCCAGAGGUUCCCCAUCUCUGGUAUAGUGUAUUAGUCUAAUGUGCUGUUUUCUAGUACCUGUAGAUACAGGUACUGGGAAAAUGGCACAUUAACUAAAGCACAGUACUGCACAUGUAGACACUAACUGGAAGCAAAUUGCUCCCUGUCAGCCUAGACAGCAGAGGGCUGCAGGGGGCAGGGAAAGCUGUCCUGGCUCAGCAAGGCGUGCCUCCGAGCCACAUGGAGAUUGAACCCAUCCUUAUCUCCACGUGGCUGGGAGAGCUGUCUCCUAGCCACGUGGAGGUCCAGACUUGUCUGGCAGCUGAAACAGCUCCCCUUCCCACCUCAGUGCUAGCUUGAUCUCCCCCACGCUGGGACAGAGCUCUCCGCCAAGCUGGGACUGCUACCCCCCAACCCUCCAGAACUCGGGGCUUAGGCCCCAUGCCCCCUGCCAGCCCAGGGAGCCUGGAGCACCCCCUGACUGCUGCAGGGAGGUGGAGCAGGGCAGGAGCAGCCCUGGACUGGUCUGUUCCAGUUGGGCUCAAUUUGCUCCCAACGGGGGGCACAUAUAGAUGUGUACCAGGAAGCACUUUAAUGAGCCUGAAUUUUCUGCACAGAAAAUUCAGGCACAUUAAUUGCAUGUGUAAACACAUCCCCUUAUGGAUCACUCCCAUAUCCAGAAGCAGCUCUCUAUCUAUUGUCCCAAACCAUUUGUGUUCAGGAAGCAUGGCAGCCUCCUCCAUAAAAAGGAGGAGGACAAUGUUUUGCCGGCACAAUAGUGUCUCAUCCAGAUUUAGAAAGUAGUGGUCUAUAUGUAUGGAAGCAGAGGAAUACUGUGUGUCUGAGCCCUGCUCACUGGCACCUAUGUGAUAUCAAGGUUAAGUCCACUGUAAAGAUGGAGUUACAGAAGUUUAAGUGGGGCAUAAAGUCAAAAUCAACUCAUUUGUAUCUUGCUCACACACAUAUAGUCCAUGAGGUGAUCUGCAGGAAUGCUAAAGCCCCUUCAUUAGUAGGGGACAGAUUUCUUAGAAGUAGUCGCUAAGGAUGUGCUCCUUCUAUAUUGACCUUAUCUUAAGCAAUCAGCUAGAACCAUCAAAAAUCAUAUGUGAGCUCACAUGCCAUUGAAGAAGCAACUGCUGAUUAAUAGUGAUGGGUCAUCUACUAUAGGUUUACUCAGGCAACCUCAGGAAAGGCCUUCAACUUCUGUAAAAGGUGACACAGUUGAGGAUAUCGUUCAAGAAUUGCAAGAUAUGGGUCUCAGCUUGAUCCUGCACCUGUUACAUUUUUUCCACUGGUCAUUUUUUUCACUGACUAGAUGAGGAGCUGAAUGAGGUAUAAAACUAUUGCUGUUAUAGUAAAACAAAAUUGGUUUUAAAUACACUCAUACUCCCCUGUGACCAAGCAAAGGCUGUUAGUUUCUUGUGAAGAUGUACACAACACGUACGAGAUUGUGAAAGACUUUUGUGACCAAAACUUGAAUCCAAUGUUGGUUCUUAACUAAGUUCUCUCUUUUUGAAAAAAUGGCUAAAUGCACUACCCUUAUAAUAUAUUUUUCAUCAUUGACCAGGAGCUCUUCACAGUAUUGGGUUGUAAAUAUAAAGAAUUAUUUGUUUUGUAAACUUUUGUAAAAACAAAAAAAUUAAUAUUUUGGUAGGAAUAAUAAAAACAUAUUCUUUGGGUUAUAUUUAUACAUAUGUGAAAUAAAUAUACUAUCAAAAGUUGUAUUUUAUACAAAAAGUAAAUGGUUACCUUUUGUAUUCUAAUAUACAAAGUUUUGUAUGAUAUGAUUGUUUAUUUUUAUCCUCAAACUUAAUCACUGAGUUGCAGGGAAGGGCAGAAUGGGAACUUGGGUAAAAUAUAAGGGCCUGAACCAAAGCCCACAGAAACCACUGAGAGUCUUUCUAUUGAUUUCACAGAGCUUUGAAUCAAGCCUUUAAAAGUACUUCAGAUACAUUCAGAUCUGAAGCUCUCCUGAAACCUCAGUAUGAAAACAUUCCAGGUUUCGACACUUUUCCCUGAAAAAUGUUUUUCUCCUCCUGCUUGUAACACUUGGGGGGUGGAGGGGGGUAUAUGUAACCGUCAUGUCUUGUUGCAUGUGUGUCUGCUUUAUACUUCCUCAUAUUAUAAAACAGUGUUUCUCUAUACAGACUGAAAGGAAAAAUUGCUGUACAUAAAUGUUUGUGUUUUAUGCAUUUUUACAUGUGGCUGUAUAUACCUCCUAGUACUAUGCAGUGACACUUAUUUGACUCCAUUUAUUUUUCACCUAAACAUGAAUAGUAUGUUUUUUUCAGUAGCUAUCAAAAAUGCUGCCAAGUAAAUCAAUUAAAAUGUU